AAAGGAUCAUGGACCAUGGAAGAAGACAUUAUUCUCCGCGAAAAAAGGGCCAUGUACGGACGCAAGUGGGCCAAAAUUGCGGCCUUUCUGCCCGGGCGCCAAGGCAAACAGUGUCGCGAGCGCUUUGUCAAUCACUUGGAUCCCGAGCUCAAAAAGGGUGAAUGGACCGAUGACGAAGAAGCCAUACUCAUCGCCAUGCACGAACACCACGGAAACCGGUGGGCCAACAUUGCCAAAAACCUCCCCGGUCGAUCCGACAAUGACGUUAAGAAUCACUGGUACUCGACGAUUCAGCGAAAAUUUCAACAA